GUUAGAGCGUGAUGGAGAUAUACGAGAGCAACACGAUGAACUCCUACGACUGAUUGGUCGGCCGACUGGUCAAGCUAACUGGCUAACUUUGGCGCGGUCCAAAGGCACACACCACCAAGAGAAAUGCUGUCGAUGAAUCCCAGCGGGAGGUAAAACGUACACACAUACACAUACAACAUAGAAUAGUCGCGCGAUAUUUCUUCGAGAUUUCCUUCUAUGACUGCAUGAGAUAUAACGACAAAGCGUGACAUGUGAAGUUGCGAACGAGUACUGAUACUUUCGAGCAUCGAUACUUUCGUGCGAUUCAUUGGUAUCGAUAUCGCUAUCAUUCGAAAUAUCGAUAUUAUCGAAACGUAUUAGCCAAUCGGUACGCUUGACGAUUAUCUGCGCGCUGAUUGAAGCAACAGUUUCUCAGUAUCAAAAUUUGACAGUACUCUUGUCAUUUUUUUUUAGGUUAUGUUUUGUUAAUAAUUAGUAAAUAUUAAUAUAAGUAUAUAUUUUGAGAAAGAUAGAUUGUAUCUUUAUAAAUGUGCGUCUUAUAAAUUAUAAUGCCACGGAGAUUACGCAUUAUGUUUGCAACCGCGACAACGCUAGGUUUAUGUAUCAUAAUAUUUCAGUUACGUUUAAUGUUUUACGAUAGUACAAGAUUGUCUUUAUCAGAUGACGAUAUACCUGUCGUACUAUGGUGGACUCCAUUUGGUAAUAAUAAUCAAGUUAAAACUUGUGGAAAUGCUAAAUGUUACUUUACACACGAUAGAGCAUUUGAGAACAACAUACGCUUGAAAAGUAUUUUAUUUUAUGGAAGUAAUCUCCACGUUCAUGAUUUGCCUAAUUGGAGGAGUAAUGCUGUAUCAUGGGGUUUACUUCAUGAAGAAUCUCCUAGAAAUAAUCCAAUACUUGUUCACGAGAAAGCACUUAAUCUUUUUAACUAUUCUUCAACCUUUAGCAGAUUUAGCGAUGUACCACUCACACUUCUUGAUUUGUUCAGUUUAGAAGAAUUAAUAGCAAAAUCGUAUUAUGUUCCCACCAAAGAAAAAUCUGCAUUGAUACAUGCAAAAAAUUACGCGCCAGUAUUAUAUAUUCAAUCUGACUGUGAUACUGCUAGUGACAGGGAUCGUUAUGUCUUAGAAUUAAUGAAAUAUAUUCAUAUUGAUUCUUAUGGUAUAUGUGUAAAUAAUGCUCGCCUUGAUGACAGGUUCAAGGGCAAUUAUCUCGAUAUUUUAAAUAAUCGUGAAUUCUUAUCCUUUGUGGCUAAAUACAAGUUUACUAUAGCUUUUGAAAAUGCGAUUUGUGAUGAUUAUAUCACAGAGAAACUGUGGAGGCCACUUAUUGUUGGCUCUGUACCUAUAUAUUAUGGAUCACCAUCCUUUAAGGAUUGGCUUCCAAAUAAUAAAUCCGCCAUCUCGAUAUUAGAUUUUACUGGCCCAACAGCACUCUCUGAGUUUUUGCACAAACUUGUGAGAAAUGACUCUGCAUACGAGGAAUAUUUAUCUCAUAAAUUAAAUGAGCGCGAAUAUCGCGUUAUGAAUAGUGCAUUACUACGUGCACUUGAAAGAAGAUCGGCAAUUCCGCAUGAAUUUGGAAAUUACGUGGAAGAAUUCGAAUGUUUAAUUUGUGAACAAAUACAUAAUAAUCGCGAAUCAAAAAUACGUAUGGUAACGAAAAAACAGUACAAUUGUCCUCUACCAACAGAUCCUAUAACAGGUGGAACCAGCAAACGCAAUUGGUGGAUAGAGCAGUGGAAUAUUGAGAAAUGUGGAGCUAAGCUGUUAGCUCAUUAUAUAACUAAUAAUAUCAGCAUUAAUAUAAAAUAUUUUAAUGAACAAAAGAUGAAUAUGUAUGAUAAUAAUGAAUGUUGAGACACA